AACAAAACAAAGUCAAAAGCGUGGCUUGGAGCUUUAUGCUACUGUGGCUUAGACUCUGAUUUAGUUAUGCUUGCCCGGUAGGGUGGCUUUGUGGAAGUUCCGCUAUUUUAUUAUCGGCUAUUGUCGUAAUCCAGUGGCAGUAGGCUAUAUUGCUACCAACCUACUGCUCUAAAGUAGUUCUACAAGUCAAUGCUAGGAUGUACACAAAUGCCUGUGUUGUAUCGGCGGGCCGAGCGGUGCUUGAGAUGAUGCAGUACGACUGGGAGCCUCUUUCCCACGGGGAGCUUGACCAGCGCCUGGACCAAGCAGUCGAGGAGAUCUUGGAAGCCGAGUUGAUGGCCCAGAUCCAGCACCAUUCUCCUGUACUCUUGCAGGUGUCUCGGUCGGAGGAGCCCUUGUUGCAUCUUCAGGCACAAUCGCAAGAUAUGGCGCAUCCUCAAGUGGUAUUUCAGUUGACCGAUACGCUUGCUAUUUCAUCCAAUGCAGACGUUGAGCUACAACGACAGUCUGCUGAAAAAGCAGAGGAAAACCCAGCAGUUCAGCACAUCAUGGACCUCCUGAAGAACGCCAACACCAGUUAUAAUCGCAGUCGACUUGCCGGGAGAGCACGAUUGUCACUCUCCCACACCGUCCUGCUCUCUCUCACCCUGCUUUCCAAACGUCGCAGCUACCGCUCUGUAUCGACCAGUUUCCGUCUGGAGAAAGGAAAUAUCCACAGAAUUUUCUUCUCCUUCUGUGACCGCGUCAACGCUCUGGAGGAACAACAGAUAGGCCUACGAUGGCCGAAAAGUCAGGAGAUGAUGGACAGUCUGCUGCCCUUCUCAAGUCUGUUGGGGGUGAAUGAUGUUGAACUAGGCAUCCCAAAGGUGUUGGGUGUUUUGGGUCACACCCGCAUCCCUAUUCGUCUGCCCAUUGGCAAGCAGGAUGUGGAGAAGGAGGAGUUGGACCUGAAACAUCUGACCAAAGACGUUCACCCAGACUCUUGGCUGAAUCUGGAGUUUGUGUGCGAUAGACAAGGCCGCUUCAUUCACUGCCGGGUUAGCCGAGGAUCAGAACACGACAGGGCAAGUGACCUGAGGAGGAGGAUUCAGAGCAACCCAGGCAUGGUGCCACUAGGAUGCUGCCUGGUUGCAGGCACUGGUUACCCCUUGACAGAUCAGAUCCUCACCCCCUAUUCUUCAGGGCACGGACCCAGGGAGAACCUCUUCAACAGGACCCUGGAGAGCCACUUGUGCCGGCUAGAUCAGGCAGUAGAGGAUCUGAAGGCCCGCUUUCAAAGACUCAAAUACUUGGACAUGGGGAACUAUGACCGAGCGAAAGCGGUGGUGCUAACUGCAUGCAUUUUGCACAAUGUCUUUUUAGACAUGGGGGAUAUUGUCAAGGGUCAGUCAGGGAGGGAAGUGGGAGAACAGGAGCAAGACGGAGACAGAGAGGAGGCAGGUUUGAGAUGGAGAGAUACUGUUGCGCAACAGUUGUACAGUGCCUUGGAUACAGAAAACAUUUGAGCUGAUGGAGUUUCGACCCAAUGUGAUUGGAAAUGUAAUGAUGUAUGCUGAGUACCUCCAGUGAGGCAUUGUCUGUGUCAUUAGAUAGAUGACCAGAGAGAGAGACUGACACCAUUAGAUUCUUCCAUUCUAUCGUCAGGACUAUUUUGCUCAAAAUACAGGGGAUAAUAUGGGGAUGUAAAGCAUUCCGCUGUACAAUAAACUGUUCCUGAGUCAUCUGGUUUUGAAAUAACAA